UUCAUGUGCGGUCAUUGCCCUACGAAUUGACCACUCUACACUCUAUCUUGCGUGAUACCCCUCCCAUCCGUACAUCCACCCCAAUUGCAACAACCAGUUGAUCGACCUGACCUCCCCCCUGGCCACUUCUUGGCCGCCAAUUGACCGCCAUGUCCUCCUUGUUUGACGCUGUCAUCCAGUCUGAAUUGGGCUCGACGGCCGGCUCUCGCAACAUUCCUUCGGAUAAUUUCCCCAGUUCUCGACCGCAGCCUCCCUCCGAGAGCAAUGGCCCCAUGAGCGACGCCCAUGGGGGCUUCCCUGACGACCAGGUCGUGGGUGCAAAUGGCUCGUCCGUCAACCGUCUCCAAAACCCCUACGUCCCGGGCCCGCCGCCCGUCGUCGAUGUGGUCGGCGAGAAAGUACAGCAGGCCUUUGAGGAGUUGUUGGAAACCUACAUGGAGGAGCCGUCGUCAUCGGCACCCCCACCGUCGUCGGAGAUGCUAAGCGACAAAUACUAUCUCGCUCAGAUCCAUGGCAUGAGGAAAUUCGACCUCUCCACGUUGUACGUGGACUUUAGGCACCUGGCCUCGUUGGAUAAUCCCAUUUUGGCGGAUGCGAUCGCCAACCAAUACUUCCGGUUCCAGCCGUUCCUGACGAAUGCCCUGCACAACCUCAUGGAGAAAUACGAGCCGGAGUAUUACGCAACACAUCGUCAAGCGGAGAGCGCUUCUUCGCAGGCCGGCACUUCGAUGGCCGCCGCCGACUCUCGCGCGAGUAUGUCGGAUAUGCCGGAGUUGGCGAAAUCCAUGCGGGAGAAGACCCGUCACCAGCAGACCGACAGACUUUUCUCCGUCGCCUUCUACAACCUCCCGCUCGUUUCGAGACUCCGCCAGCUGCGCACCUCGCAGAUCGGAAAGCUGCUCUCGGUUUCGGGCACCGUGACGCGGACGUCGGAAGUCCGGCCGGAAUUGGCGUUGGGAACCUUCAUUUGCGAAACGUGCAAGACCGUGGUCAAGGACGUUGAGCAGACUUUCAAGUAUACGGAGCCGGCGCAGUGCCCGAACCGGACCUGCGGUAACCGUUAUGGAUGGCGACUCGAUAUUAACAAGAGCACAUUCGUUGACUGGCAAAAGGUUAAACUGCAGGAGUCGUCGCACGAAAUUCCCACAGGCAGUAUGCCGCGUACAAUGGAUGUGAUCCUUCGUGGCGAGAUGGUGGACCGUGCCAGAGCGGGUGAACGGUGUAUCUUCACCGGUACCCUCAUUGUGGUUCCCGAUGUGAGUCAGCUCGGACUCCCGGGUGUACGGCCUGAGGCUGUUCGCGACACGGGGUCUUCCCGUCUUGGGGAAGCAGGUGGUGGUGGAGUUUCGGGACUGAAAGCCCUGGGUGCCAGAGAUCUGACCUACCGGUUGGCCUUCCUCUCUUGUAUGGUCACACCCGACACAACCACCCCUGGUCAGCAAUCGAACCAGCAGUUGAAUGGCCAGUCGAACAACAUCCUGGCCUCCUUGAACCAGCAGGAGGCCGAGUCGACUGAUGACAAGGCCCAGGAGGCUCUUCUCCACAGCCUGACGCCCUAUGAAGUCGACGAUCUGAAGAAGUUGGUUCAUUCCGACUACAUCUAUUCUCGUCUGGUGGAUUCCAUUGCCCCCAUGAUUUAUGGACAUCGCCAGAUCAAAAAGGGCUUGCUUCUGCAGCUGAUCGGCGGUGUGGGCAAGUCAACCGAGCAAGAGAGUAUGCAACUGCGUGGUGACCUUAACAUUUGUAUCGUUGGUGACCCGUCGACAAGCAAGAGCCAAUUUUUGAAGUAUAUUUGCUCGCUACACCCCCGUGCCGUCUACACCAGUGGUAAGGCUUCCUCCGCAGCAGGUUUGACGGCCUCCGUCGUCAAGGAUGCCGAGACUGGGGAAUUCACCAUUGAGGCUGGUGCGCUCAUGUUGGCUAACGGCGGUGGGAUCUGCGCUAUUGACGAGUUCGACAAAAUGGAUAUCGGUGACCAAGUCGCUAUUCACGAAGCGAUGGAACAGCAAACCAUCUCCAUCGCCAAAGCUGGUAUCCACACCACCCUUAAUGCCCGCGCCUCUAUCCUUGCCGCCGCGAACCCCAUCGGUGGUCGGUACAACCCCAAGGUGCCGUUGCGCGCGAACCUAAACUUCAGUGCUCCCAUCAUGAGUCGAUUCGAUUUGUUCUUCAUCAUCCGCGACGAGCCGAACGAGGGCGUGGACCGCAACCUGGCCAACCAUAUCGUCAACGUCCACAUGAACCGUGACGAGGCAGUGGAGCCAGAGUUCAGCACUGAACAAAUCCAGCGAUACAUCCGGUUUGCCCGGACUUUCCGACCUGUCUUUACCGACGCAGCCAAGGCCGUGCUGGUCGAAAAGUACAAGGAGCUCCGCUCGAACGACGCCCAGGGCGGCAUUGGCCGCUCUUCCUACCGGAUUACCGUCCGUCAGCUUGAAUCUCUGAUUCGUCUUUCCGAAGCAGUGGCCAAGGCCAACUGCGUUGAAGAAAUCGCCCCUCAUUUCGUGCACGAAGCGUACGAUCUUCUCCGGCAGAGUAUCGUCACCGUCGAGAAAGAUGACGUUGAGGUCGACGACGAGGAGGAGACUGCCGGCCAAAGGAACGGCGAAGAGGAUCAAGAGAUGGCCGAUCGUGACCGCGAAGGCGACAGCCCCAUGCGCGACGAUGGCGAGGCAGCUCAAACGCAGCAACGCCCAAGAACCAAGGUCUCCUUCGACCAUUACAUGAAGAUCCUGAAUCUCGUCGUGCGUCGCGUCCACGAGGACGAAGCCGCAGCUGGCGAAGGCGUCGAGCAGGAAGACCUUAUGGUGUGGUAUCUCGAACAGAUUGAGUCCGAGCUGAACAGCGAGGAAGAUCUGCAGAAGGAGCGCGAUCUGGCGAUGAAGGUGCUGAAACGCAUGGUCAAGGACAAUAUCCUCAUGCCGAUCAGAGGCGAAGGGCUGGUCGACUCGGCCGAGGACGAACAAUCAACGCGGACAGUCUACGUCUUACAUCCCAACUGCACCCCCGAUGAUAUAUUUGAAGAUCGCCAACGGGGAAACCGGAGAAACCAAUAAGCGUGCAGGAUUAUGGGAUGGCAUGGUGCAAGUGAUGAGUGAUGAAUGUGUUUGUUUUUUUUUUGUCUAGGUUUAUGGGGUAGAUCUGUUGAUAUCAGUUUAGUCUUAGAAUAAUCGGUCUGGCGCUUCUGGGAUUCCGGAUUUGAACCACUC